AUGUCAUUGGGUGUAUGGCAAGGCUUUAGAAUCAACAGGCGUUGUCCUCUUCUUUCUCAUCUUCUUUUUGCAGAUGAUUGUCUUCUCUUCUCGGUGGCUGAUGAGCAAAAUUGUGAGGCUAUUAUGAAUGUCUUGACCAAAUUCAAGAAUGCAACAGGACAAGUUAUCAAUUUCACUAAGUAUGCCGUCUUUUUCUCUCAUAACACCCCCAUUAUGCACAGAAGAAUCAUCAAGGAGAAGCUUGGGGCUGACGGUCCUAUGAUUGUUAAGGAUCUUAUUGAUUUUGAGCGUAUAUGUUGGAAGGAAAAUGUUGUUCGAGCUCUUUUUAACCAGAAUGAAGUUAAAGCAAUCAAGAAGAUUCCUAUUGGCUCUGAACAAGUUCCUGACAGAAUAACUUGGCACUUUACUAGAGAUGGGAAUUAUAGUGUGAAAUCUGGGUACAAGUUGCUUGCUUCUGAGACCAUUCAAGAAGAAGAUAACGCGCAAAGCUCGAAUGGGAUGCAAUAUUGUAGGACAUGGAGGAAGAUUUGGAAGCUGAAUGUUGCCACGAAAUUACAGAACUUUUUGUGGAGAGCUUGUAGAAAUAUCAUUCCCACUAAGGAAAAUCUUGUCAAGAGACAUUGUAGCUAUGAUCCUGUUUGCGUCCGUUGCAAUGAGGAUGUUGAGUCACUGGAACACAUUCUUUUUUUCUGCCCGUUUGCUCAAGCGGCAUGGAAAGCCUCUUACUUUAGCUAUUCCCCAAGAAGAGAAGGAUUUGUUGGUUUUUUAAAGUGGUGGGAAGAGGUAGCAACCGAUAUUGCUAAUUUUGGAAAAGAGGGCGACCCGAUCGAGGUUUGGAACCAGGCGGUAGCUGAGUUCAUGGAAUUUGAGGAAGGGACAACGAGUACAAACAGACCACAAGAGCUGAGGACCAACCAACAAGCAUGGCGACCACCUCAAAGGGGCUUCAUCAAGCUCAAUUGUGAUGCAGCAUUUGACAGUUCAAGUGGUGAUACUGGUAUUGCAGUUGUGUGCAGGGACCAUAAUGGUGAACUUGUCGAUGGAGCCUCUUUCUUUACUCAGGCUAACUCGGUUGACGUGGCUGAAGCUUUGGCGGUGCGCUUGGCAACUCGUUUAGCUUGCAGAAGAGGAUGGAGGAACGUGAUCUUUGAAUCGGAUAAUAAGGAUCUUGUUGGAAGACUUUGUAGCACCAGCAAAAAGGACAGAUGGGAUACGAGAACUAUUGAGCUUGAUAUUGCAAGUCUGACUUGUUUCUUUGAUAGUUUUUCCUUUUCUUUUGUCCAUAGAAGUGCUAAUAGGGCUGCUGAUUGGGUAGCAAAAAACACUAGGAAAAGAUGCUGUCCUGUUGACUGGAUGUAUUCGCCCCCAGCUGACGUGGUGGGUUUUUUGAAUUAG